ACCGUUCGCUCUCUUAGAACAGUCAACUCUCUCGGAUAAAACCCUAGCUCUUCGCACGCCCGUCUCGCUUCCUCUCUCCGUCUGGUUGAUUCAGAGGUUUAGUAGCCAUGCCUCAAGGAGAUCACAUCGAGCUUCACAGGAAGAGGUAUGGAUACCGCCUCGACCAUUUCGAACGCAAGCGCAAGAAGGAGGCGCGUGAAGUUCACAAGCGCUCCGCCAUAGCCCAGAAGGCUCUGGGUAUAAAGGGUAAGAUGAUUGCCAAGAAAAACUACGCUGAGAAAGCCCUCAUGAAGAAAACAUUGAAAAUGCAUGAAGAGUCAUCGAGCAGGCGGAAGGUUGAUGAGGAUGUCCAUGAUGGUGCUGUUCCUGCCUAUCUGCUCGAUCGUGAGAACACUACUCGGGCCAAGGUUCUGAGCAACACCAUUAAACAAAAGAGAAAAGAGAAAGCUGGAAAAUGGGAGGUCCCUUUACCAAAGGUCCGCCCUGUUGCUGAAGAUGAGAUGUUUAGAGUCAUCCGAUCUGGGAAGAGGAAAACCAAACAAUGGAAGCGAAUGGUUACGAAGGCUACAUUCGUUGGACCCGGUUUCACCAGAAAACCGCCCAAGUACGAGCGUUUCAUCCGCCCAUCGGGGCUACGGUUCACCAAGGCUCAUGUCACCCACCCUGAACUUAAAUGUACUUUCUGUCUCGACAUCAUUGGAGUCAAGAAAAACCCUAAUGGCCCUAUGUAUACCUCGCUCGGUGUCAUGACAAAGGGGACAAUCAUCGAGGUCAAUGUGAGUGAGCUCGGUCUCGUUACACCUGCUGGAAAAGUCGUGUGGGGUAAAUAUGCUCAGGUGACGAAUAACCCCGAGAACGACGGCUGUAUAAACGCAGUUCUGCUUGUGUAAGUAAAACCGAAAAGAGCGAGACGUUAUCUCCAAACCACUACCGAGUUUUGCAUUUUCCUGCAUCAAUUUUGUUUUGUUACAACAGAUAGCUUAUACUUUUCUGAAGUGAAUCUUGUUGUCACCAUAGUUGAUGACAAACAGAUCACAUGUCCCAACUUAGCUGUUAUAAAAUGUUUUUGUCAAAUAGUGUUUUGCUUUGUGUUUUUCA